UGUAUCGGCAAUUCCUCGUACGACCAGAGGAUCGGAAAUAUCAAAGGAUAUUAUGGCGCAGCGCGAGUGGAGAAACAGAAACAUAUGAGCUUAACACCGUAAUACUCUUAUCAUAGAAAUAGAAGCAGUCCUCAAUUCCCGCCCGCUAACUCCUAUCUCCACCGAUCCAAAUGAUCUCCUAGCCCUCACUCCCGGACAUUUCCUCAUUGGCGAUUCAUUAAUGUGCUUACGUGAUCGAGAUUUCAGAGACAUUCCAUCGAACCGACUCUCCAAAUGGCAGCAUAUCCAACAGCUUAAACAACAUUUUUGGAACCGCUGGCAUAAGGAGUAUUUGAACGAGCUAACCAACCGCAAUAAAUGGAGCAAGGGUGGACACAGCAUCCAAAAGGGCACAAUCGUCAUCCUCAGAGAGGACAACGUUCCCUCCAUGCAUUGGCCUCUGGGCCGAGUUAUCAAGGUUCAUUCAGGCGCCGAUGGUGUCAUCCGGACAGCUACAGUUCAGACGGCAAAGAGCAUUUUGGAUCGGGGCGUCAAAAGGCUUGUCCCACUGCCAAUUCAACCCGAUCUCGAGAAACCCGAACAACUAGCCACCGAGACGAAAUAAGAUGGGAACUUCAACCACACCUCCCUAGUUUGAUCGGUACCCUCUCAACGGGGGGGAGAAUGUUACGCCAUGCGGCUUACCAUAGGUCAUAUUCUUAACUAUCGAUCGCGGCACUAUAAUGUCGCAGACGGAUCGUCGCGUCUGCCCGGCAAACAAACAUUGUAGUGGCAAGCGCAUGGUUCAUUAAGCAGGGCGACUUCCAGAAACGUCGACUCGUGGCCCGUAUUUUACCUCGCAGUAAAAGAAUGUGGCGUGAUCCGAACGUAGUGGGGGUCGCCUUCCAGAAAAAACGAAAAAAAUCGAAAGGCGUUCAGAACUUUUCGAGAAGUCGAACCGUCAACACAUGUGAAUGUACCACACCGGACAAUCAAGAAGGCAGGUGCCUUGACUACAGAAAAUGUAAACCUCUGCAAGAAAUAUGGCAGAUACAGUACCGUACAGCCACCGAUUUUUAUAGACGAUCAGUGUGCAGAUACCAGGUCAAUGUUACGAUCGUUUGCUGUCCGAACGAUCCAAACAAAGAGAAGAGAGAAAUUUUAAUAAAAACUGUGUAUAAGUAUAAGGCUUUGCGACCACCAUACUGUGGUUUUAGCAACGUCUCUCAUACCAGGGUGGUCGAUGGUAAACCAGCUGAACUUGGCGCUUGGCCAUGGAUCGCUGCAUUAGGUUUUCGUAAUCCCCGAAACCCAGACAAACCACUAUGGAAGUGCGGAGGUUCCCUGAUAUCGGCUAGGCAUGUUUUGACCGCAGCACAUUGUGCACAUAUGGAUGGAAUAGAAAACAUACACAAUCAUAAUAUUGCCAUUCUUAGAUAGGUGGAGGAGGUGCCAUUUUCGAGUAAGUCCUCAAAUAUAUAUAUAUAUAUGCUAUUGAGUAUUACUGAAGUAUCAUAUCCUGAAAUUUCUUACUGUACACAUAUAUUGUGUCAUAAAGCGUGUACAAUUCUUUCUCAUACUUUUGGUCAUUCGUUUCCUGCAUUUUCAUUUAUUUUUUUAUUUUUCAGGGUACGUAUAUCCCAUUUGUACGAAAGAGCAACUUCGUCGGCUAUAACCCCCUUGUUGCUGGAUGGGGAGCGUUAAGAUAUAGCAAGUGAUAUCAAUUUUAUAAUAAAAUUAAACAGUUCCAGUCUUAAAUAUCUUUCUCAUUUUCUUCGUAGGACGACCACGACCUAAUGCAUUAAUGGAAGUACAAAUGCCAGUGAUUAAGAACGCCGAAUGCAAAAUAGCUUAUUCCAAAUUUCCUAAUGCACCUGAUAUCACUGAUGGUAUAAUAUGCGCCGAACAUGCUCAGGGUGGAGAGGAUUCUUGUACGGUAAUUAAGUUACAGAGUUACUACAAACUAUACGGUAUCUGAAGACACGUCAAUUCGAAUUAACAUCAAAUCGACGUCUUAAACAUUAAAAAUAA